GAAUAAAAAUUUGUUUUAAGAGCAAUUGACAUUUGUUAGCUUCACUCUUAUUUAUACUAUUACUUAUUUGAGAUAAAAUUGUGAUCCAAAUAGUGAAUUGAAAAAUGGGCGAAGAUUACAAUGGAGAUCGGGAUCGCCAAGACCGUGAUAAGGAUCGGGAUAGGGACAGAGAUCGUGAUAGGAGGCACAGAUCGCGUAGCAGGGAUCGCAGGAAACGUUCACGUUCACGUUCUAAAGACCGAAGAGAUCGGAAAAGAAGUAGCUCACCUAAAAAGAGUCGUAGUUCUAGAAGAAGGAAGCCAUCUCUUUAUUGGGAUGUUCCACCACCUGGAUUUGAACAUAUUACUCCUUUGCAAUAUAAAGCUAUGCAAGCUGCAGGACAAAUACCUGCAAACAUUGUAGCAGAUACACCACAAGCAGCUGUACCAGUCGUUGGUAGUACAAUAACCCGACAAGCAAGGAGACUUUAUGUAGGAAACAUUCCAUUUGGUGUGACAGAAGAAGAAAUGAUGGAAUUCUUCAAUCAACAAAUGCAUCUAUCUGGUCUUGCUCAGGCUGCUGGAAAUCCAGUAUUAGCAUGUCAGAUCAAUUUAGAUAAAAACUUUGCUUUCUUAGAGUUCCGUUCAAUAGAUGAAACAACACAAGCUAUGGCAUUUGAUGGUAUCAACUUCAAAGGACAGAGCUUAAAAAUAAGAAGACCACAUGAUUAUCAGCCAAUGCCAGGAAUGACUGAUAAUCCAAGCAUGAACGUACCAGGUACGGUUCCCGAUUCCCCUCACAAGAUCUUCAUUGGUGGUUUACCCAAUUAUUUGAACGAGGAACAGGUGAAGGAGUUACUGAUGAGCUUUGGGCAACUGAGAGCAUUCAAUCUAGUAAAGGAUUCAGCUACAGGUCUAUCCAAGGGUUAUGCAUUCUGCGAGUAUGUUGACGUGUCAAUGACUGACCAAGCAAUUGCUGGAUUAAAUGGAAUGCAGCUGGGAGACAAGAAACUCAUUGUCCAACGAGCUAGUGUAGGUGCCAAGAAUCCUAUGAUUGGUGCACAAGCUCCAGUUCAAAUUCAGGUGCCUGGAUUAUCUAUGGUGGGCACAAGUGGACCAGCUACUGAGGUAAAAUAACUUGAAUUAUAGUUAAAAUAAUAAAAAAGAAUAAAAAAAAUUAUAAUUUAAUAAUUACCUGAAGAAUUAAUGGAAGAAGAAGAAUAUGAAGAUAUUUUAGAAGACAUUAAAGAAGAAUGUAAUAAAUAUGGUGUAGUUCGAUCUGUGGAAAUACCAAGACCUAUAGAAGGUGUUGAUGUACCUGGAUGUGGGAAAGUAUUCGUCGAAUUUAAUAGUGUGAUUGACUGCCAGAAAGCACAGCAGACUCUUACAGGACGAAAGUUCAAUAAUCGCGUUGUCGUGACAUCAUACUUUGAUCCUGACAAGUAUCAUCGCAGGGAAUUUUAAAUUAUAGAUCUUCUUUCUUUCAU